AUGGAGUCAGAAACAGACCUGACCCUAUCCUUGCCACGCAUUCUCUGCCUCCAUGGAGGCGGGACCAAUGGCUCCAUCUUUCAGGAACAAUCCCGAGGGCUUAUCCGGGCGCUCAGAUCUCGAUUUCGUCUUGUUUUCGCCGACGGCCCCUUUGUAUGUGACCCGCACCCGGACAUUAUCGAGACGUACGGUGGUUACGGACCUUUCCGCCGGUGGUUACGAUGGCAAUCUUCCGACAGGCAUGUCGAUUCAGAGACUGUGAUACGACUCAUUCGUCGUCAGAUCACAUCGGCGAUGGUCGCAGAUGACCUGCUCGGCGGCAUGGGGGAGUGGGUUGGUCUGUUGGGCUUCAGUCAAGGGGCCAAUAUCGCAGCAAGUCUCCUGUGGACCCAGCAGGCCAUGUCGACCAGGCCGGUUUCUGCGCCCACGAGAUGGCGUUUCGGUGUAAUUCUCGCGGGGCGACCACCGCUAGUGGCCCUGGAUGAUGGGAUUGCGCUGCCACCGGGAAUCAACCAUGCGGGCGCAGCAUCAUCAGAAUUUAGAGAUUGGCCGAACGAGUCAACACAGGGCCAUGUCCUCGAUAUACCGACACUGCAUGUUCAUGGAACGGCAGACCCUGGACUGGAACAACAUCGUCGUCUGCUGGACGUGUACUGCAACGCGAGCACCGCCUGUGUCGUAGAGUGGGACGGCGCUCAUCGUGUUCCACUCAAGAAAUCUGAUGUUAAUCGUAUCGUUCAUAAAAUGAUUGAGCUCACUAAAGAAGUCAACAUCAUCUGUUAA